UCUGUCAAAAUGGCGACGCCCUUGAUAAGUCGGUGUGCGCUGUUAGGGGCUACGCUUCGAAGACUGUCUAUUGGUGACUCCCCUUCUUUGGGAGUGCGAGGAAUUCAUUCAACUGCGAUAUGUUUCAAGAACAAAGCUGCCCGUAUUCGUGUCAUGAAAGGUGACCGGCCCCUGAACUAUGAGCAGGCGCUUCACCCACACCAGAUCGCUCAUCGUAAAGGCUGGCUAUCUGCACACACCAGUAACCUGCAUGAGGAAGAGGGUGCCGCCGACAGAACUGUAGAGGACGUUUUCAUUCGUCGCUUCAUCUACGGCACGUUCCACGGUUGCCUGGCCAACGAGCUGGUCAUCAAACGCCGCGGGAACCUCAUAGUGAUAUGUGCCCUGAUGCUGCAGAGGCUGCCGCCACAGAAAUUCUACUUCAUGAUUGGCUACACAGAGACUCUGCUCUCACACUUUUACAAGUGCCCUGUCAAGGUGGAAAUACAGACUUUGGAACAGAAGGCCGUUUACAAAUAUGUCUGAAUGUACACGUACAUACACUGACACAAUCAGACGUGCGUACACACAUACAUUUCUGGAAAAAAAAAAGAAAUCACUGCACAUUUUUUGAGUGACAUUCAAAAGAGUUGAUGGUCAUAUUGAAAUUUACAGUGGUCUCUUAAUUUUGAAUAUGACCUACAACUCUUUCAAAUGUCACUCAGCAAUCGUAGGAUGACAUCAGAAGAAUGUGCAGUGGUCUAUUUCCAGAGCUGUAUGUACACCUGAUUGGCUAUAUGGAAUAAGGUGAGAUUCACCUUUUGGAAACUUCGUUUCCACAACAUUCAGGCAUACCAGGCAUCAUUUUGACAGGCUGAAUCUGUUGUAAGUGUCCUGUUAUGGAAUCAUAUUUUUGUGAAUUCCUGAAAUAUGUGGAAUCAAAUAUAGUGUAUUCCCAUUCCCUGUUGAACCUUACUCACUCUUUCUCAUUGUAUUUACUCAAACUCAUCAUUAAAACUGUUAAAUUA